UCUGUAGUUGAGCUCCUUCAGAUUCAUCUCUCUGACUUUAAAGAGCUUAAACCACUGCGUCACCGGCAAACAAGAUGUAAUCCGGUAACAGUCUGCGCGAUUGGAUAAGGAAGCCCAUUCUCCAAUUCGAUUCGAUGAGCGAACCGUUCAUCAAACCGUCCUGACUUCCUUGUUUGGUUGCCAAAAACAGUUGCAGAUAAAUCCUUGCGUGCCACAAUCACUGCAAAGGCUGUCAUUGCCUAUUUUGUUGGGUACACACGAUUACUUCGAAGCAUCGAAGAAGCCGAGAACUGGGCCGUAGGCCUACACUAUGGCUGUGCGGAAGGCAGCUAAGGUAGCUGCCCUUGGUGGGGGAACGGCCGUCGCAUUGUAUGCCUUCUCAGAACUGAGGGAGCAAAAACAAAAACAGCCUCAAUGGACCCGAGUGCAGGCUGCGGAACAGGUGAAAAUGACCUUCCAGGAUGUGCUUCCCUCCAGAGCGGACCAGCUCUCGGCCCUGCGCCACACGGACGAGUUCGACGUGCUCGUGGUCGGGGGCGGGGCCACGGGCUCAGGUUGUGCCUUAGACGCAGUCACGCGCAAUCUCAAGACUGCCCUGGUAGAGAGAGACGAUUUCUCAUCGGGGACCAGCAGCAGAAGCACCAAGCUCAUUCACGGCGGAGUCCGAUAUCUACAGAAAGCCAUCAUGAAAUUAGAUUAUGAACAGUAUAUGAUGGUGAAGGAGGCUCUCCAUGAACGCUCCAACCUGCUGGAGGUCGCUCCUCAUCUUUCUGCCCCAUUACCCAUAAUGCUCCCUGUCUACAAGUGGUGGCAGUUCCCGUACUACUGGCUGGGGAUCAAGAUGUACGACUUGGUGGCAGGGGCACAGUGCCUGAAGACCAGCUACGUCCUGAGCAAGGCCAGAGCUCUGGAGCUCUUCCCCAUGCUGAAGAAGGACAAGCUGGUGGGGGCCAUCGUCUACUACGACGGACAACACAACGAUGCUCGAAUGAACCUCGCCAUCGCGCUCACCGCUGCCAGGUAUGGGGCUGCCAUAGCCAAUUACACUGAAGUGGUGCACCUCCUGAAGAGGGCAGAGCCGGACACGGCCGCAGGAAACGAAUGGGGCGCCCCGUGAUUGAUGCUGUUUUCUUUCAUAGGGCAGGAAUUUGAUGUCCGAGCCAAAUGUGUUAUCAAUGCCACGGGACCUUUCACGGACUCGCUGCGCAAAAUGGAUGAUCAGAAGAUCCCCAACAUCUGUCAGCCCAGUGCUGGGGUGCACAUCGUCAUCCCGGGCUAUUACAGCCCGGACAACAUGGGCCUUCUGGACCCUGCCACUAGUGAUGGCCGAGUCAUCUUCUUCCUGCCCUGGGAAAAGAUGACCAUUGCUGGGACCACGGACACACCCAGCGACAUCACCCCCCACCCCAUCCCCUCUGAGGACGACAUCAACUUCAUCCUCAAAGAGGUGCGCAACUACCUCAGCUCCGACGUAGAAGUGAGGAGAGGAGAUGUUUUGGCUGCCUGGAGCGGAAUCCGCCCCCUGGUCACCGACCCCAGCUCUAAGGACACCCAAUCAAUCUGCCGCAACCACGUGGUCAGCAUCAGCCAGACUGGACUGGUCACCAUAGCAGGUGGGAAAUGGACGACGUAUCGCUCCAUGGCAGAGGAGACCAUGGACGCUGUAGUGAAGAGCCAUGGCCUGAAAGCUGGACCCUGUCGGACGGUUUCACUGAUGCUGGAGGGCGCCAAGGACUGGACCCCAACCAUGUACAUCCGCCUGGUGCAGGACUACGGCCUGGAGGUGGAGGUUGCCCAGCACCUGGCCUCGGCGUACGGUGGACGGGCGUUCGAGGUGGCCAAGAUGGCGCACGUCACUGGCAGGCGGUGGCCCAUCGUGGGCAAGCGUCUGGUGUCUGAGUUCCCCUACAUCGAGAGCGAGGUUCAAUACGCGAUCAAAGAGUACGCCUGCACGGCUAUUGACGUGAUCGCGCGCCGCACGCGCCUGGGCUUCCUCAACGUGCAGGCGGCGGACGAAGCCUUGCCCCGCAUCGUGGACAUCAUGGGGAAGGAGCUCGACUGGAGCAAGCAAAGGAAAAUGGAUGAGCUGGCCGCAGCCAAGCGCUUCCUGCGCUUUGAGAUGGGCUACAAGACGCGCUCGGAGCAGCUGACUAACACAGAGAUCACACUCACCCCCGCCGAGGUGGACAGGUACAAGAAGCGCUUCCACAAAUUUGACAAAGAGAAUAAGGGCUUCAUCACCACGGUGGAUGUUCAGCGAGUACUGCAGAGUAUUAGUGUACAGAUAGAUGAAAACACUCUUCAUGACAUUCUCAAUGAAGUGGACCUCAACAGGAAUGGACAAGUGGAGCUCAGUGAAUUUUUGCAGCUCAUGAGCGCGGUGAGGAAGGGCCAGGUCUCAGACAACCGUCUGGCCAUGCUGAUGAAGACGGCCGAAGAGAGCCUCAACCAGAGGGAACCCGUGUCUGUGGACCGCAGUGGGGGAGGGGUGUGAGCUACCACACACACACACGUCACCCAUAGAUCACCAACCCCUGCCUCAGACCUUGUCACAGGGCCCGUUGCACGGAUGAGGAAAGAGAAGCUGCUGUUACGGACAAAAUGUUUUUAAAACAUCUCUUCAUCAGAUAAUUGUGACACAGGAUUGUCUAUUCAUUUGUGGGAAUAUUGGUUUAUUUAUUUAUUUAUUU